GGUACGUACACUAGUGAAAGUAUCAGAUAAUGGAGCUGCUGUGUACAAGUCGGGCUGUUGUUGGUUGUCAGUGGGGGAGAAGAGGGGCGUGGGAAAUAAGAUUCCUUCCAUUCUUCCAAAACGAACCCUACCUUCCACCGCUUGACACCGAAAUUCUCUUCCAAAGGGUUCAUGUUCACUCGUCCACUAGCAUUUCUCAGAACAAUGGCCGAAAACGCAGCGAAGCGCAUCAAGACCGAUGGCGGUGCCCUGACCAUCGGCACCCACAACGGCCACUUCCACGCCGACGAGGCUCUGGCCGUCCACAUGCUUCGCCAGCAUGUUCCCAAAUACACCGGCGCCCGCCUGGUUCGCACCCGCGACCCUGCGCUACUUGAGACCUGCGACAUCGUCGUCGAUGUUGGUGGCGAGUACGAGCCCGCCCGUGACCGCUACGACCACCACCAGCGCACCUUCACCACAACCUUCCCCGACCACCAGACAAAGCUCAGCAGCGCCGGUCUCGUCUACAUGCACUUUGGCAAGGGUAUCAUCUCGCGCAGCCUGCCCGACGCCCCUGCGGAGGACAACGACAAGGUUGGCUUGAUCUGGAACAAGUUGUACGACAGCUUCGUCGAGGCCCUCGACGCUCACGACAACGGCAUCAGCGUCUACGAUUCCGAUGCUCUCAAGGCUGCCGGCAUUGAGAAGCGCUUCUCCAACGGCGGUUUCACCCUCGGUGCCAUGGUCGGCCGCUUCAAUGGCAACUGGAACGAUCCCGUCCCCUCGGACCCUGUGGCUGCCCAGGAGGAGGAAGAUGGCAGGUUCGAGCAGGCCAGUCAGCGUAUCGGUGAGGAGUUCGACCGCGCUCUCGACUACUACACCAAGGCUUGGCUCCCGGCCAGGGAUGUCGUCGAGACGGCCUACAAGGCCCGCAAAGAGUACGAUGCAGAGGGUAGAAUCCUUGUCUUAAAGGGUCAGUCGGCCCCUUGGAAGGAUCAUCUUUACACCCUGGAAGAGGAAGAGGGAGAGCGCGUCCAGAAGGUUCUCUAUGUCCUGUACCCCGAGAAGCCUACACCCGACGCCAAGUGGAGAGUGCAGUGCGUGCCUGAGACUGGCGACUCCUUCCAGAGCCGCAAGCCCCUGCCCGAGGCUUGGAGAGGCUUCCGCGAUGAGAAGCUCGAUGAGAUCACGCAAAUCCAGGGCGGCGUUUUCGUUCAUGCGGCAGGUUUCAUUGGAGGCAACAAGACCUUCGAUGGUGCGUUGGCCAUGGCGAAGAAGGCCUUGGAGUAGGAAUCCAGCGCUGCUAUGAAGAUUGGCAAGCUCGUAGGCGUUCGUUGAAAAAGAACUCGACUUGAUACUCCUCCCGCUGUUUUAAGGCAGAAAAAAGUAUCACCGUCUUCACGUUUAGCACUAUCAGUCCAUAUCCUGAAAACAUAUUUGUAAAACA